AUGCCGGCGGUGCGUGGAGACGGCAUCCGUGGUUUGGCCGUGUUCAUAUCAGACAUCCGCAAUUGCAAGAGUAAGGAAGCGGAGAUUAAGAGAAUUAACAAAGAACUCGCGAACAUACGUUCCAAGUUCAAGGGCGACAAGACGCUCGACGGCUACCAGAAGAAGAAGUACGUCUGCAAACUGCUCUUCAUAUUUCUCCUCGGUCACGAUAUCGACUUCGGUCACAUGGAGGCGGUGAAUUUGCUUUCGUCGAACAAGUACUCGGAGAAACAGAUCGGCUACCUAUUCAUCUCGGUUCUCCUCGACGAGAACAACGACCUCAUGCGUUUGAUCAUCCAGAGCGUCAAGAACGAUCUCUGUGCCCGCAACCCGAUCCACGUCAAUCUCGCACUGCAAUGCAUCGCGAACAUCGGUUCUCGGGAAAUGGCGGAGACGUUCGCCAACGAAAUACCGAAACUGCUCGUCAAUGGAGACACGCUAGACGUUGUCAAACAAAGUGCGGCUCUGUGUCUACUGCGUCUGAUCAGAGCAAAUCAGGACGUUGCACCUGCAGGAGAGUGGACCACUCGCAUCAUCCAUCUGCUGAACGAUCCUCACAUGGGAGUGGUGACCGCUGCCGUGAGCCUCAUCGACGCCUUGGCGAAGCGAUCGCCGGAAGAGUACAAGGGUUGUGUGAGUUUGGCAGUGUCUCGAUUGAGCAGGAUCGUCACAUCGUCGUACACCGACCUACAGGAUUAUACGUACUAUUUCGUUCCGGCUCCCUGGCUCAGCAUAAAAUUGUUGCGUCUCCUGCAAAAUUAUCCUCCGCCGGAAGAUCCUGGUGUGAAAGGUCGACUGAACGAGUGCUUAGACACACUGUUGAAUCGAGCUCAGGAGCCGCCAAAGUCGAAGAAGGUCCAACAUUCGAACGCCAAAAACGCCGUUUUGUUUGAGGCGAUUUCGCUCAUCAUCCACAUGGAUCGUCUCGGCGCCGCCGUCGAGCCGAGUCUCUUGGUAAGGGCCUGCAAUCAGCUGGGCACCUUCUUGCAGCAUCGGGAGACCAAUCUCCGAUACCUGGCUUUGGAGUCUUUGUGCCUUUUAGCUACGUCGGAAUUCUCUCACGAAGCCGUCAAGCGGCAUCAGGAGACCGUGGUCAGCGCUCUGAAAUCCGAGCGGGACGUGAGCGUACGUCAGCGAGCCGUAGACCUUCUGUACGCCAUGUGCGACAAAACAAACUCCGAGGAUAUCGUUUCGGAAAUGCUGUCGUACCUGGAAACCGCUGAUUACUCGAUCCGGGAAGAGAUGGUUCUCAAGGUCGCGAUCUUGGCCGAGAAAUACGCGUCCGACUACUCGUGGUACGUCGACGUCAUCUUGAACCUGAUCCGGAUCGCGGGAGACUACGUCAGCGAGGAGGUCUGGUACCGGGUUGUACAGAUCGUCAUCAAUCGCGACGACGUUCAAGGAUACGCGGCCAAAACUGUUUUCGAGGCUCUCCAGGCGCCCGCCUGUCACGAGAACAUGGUCAAAGUCGCCGGUUAUAUUCUGGGAGAGUUCGGUAAUCUAAUCGCCGGUGAUUCGCGCUCCGGACCAAUGGUCCAGUUCCGCCUGUUACAUUCCAAAUAUCAUCUGUGCUCUCUGCCAACUCGUUGCCUACUGUUGACGACCUAUGUCAAGUUUAUAAAUUUGUUCCCCGAAAUCAAGCAUGAAAUCCAAGCCGUCUUGCGGCAAGAUUCGAACAUGCGAUGCGCAGAUAACGAACUCCAGCAGAGAGCUGUCGAAUAUCUCGCUCUGAGCCAGGUGGCGUCGCAAGAUGUCCUGGCCACUGUCCUGGAAGAGAUGCCGCCUUUCGCCGAGCGAGAGAGCUCGAUUCUCGCGAUUCUCAAGAGAAAGAAACCGAACAUGACCGAGGGUAUCCAGGCGUCUGCGAAGGAGAACAUCAAAGCCGCCCAGGACAUCCUGCCGGCGGCUCCCCCUCCGAAGGCGUCCGACACGGCGUCGGGGAUGGUCGAUCUAUUGGGCUUGGGUGAUGAGGUCAUACCGGAGUCCGCACGUCCUGUCAAAGAUGAAUCUCAGGAAGAACAGCAUACCGUGUCGCUGGGCACCACAAAUGAAGAGGGCCUCCACAAACUCACUUUAAAAAACCAGGGUGUUCUCUUCGAGAGCGAUAUCCUUCAAAUUGGAAUCAAGGCUGAAUUCCGUCAGAGCCUUGGCCGUAUGAGCGUCUUCUACGGCAAUAAGAGUCCAGUGCGUCUGAAUGGAUUCGUGGCCGCAUUGGCAUCCGCCGACUUGGAAGGGAUCCAAGUCAUGGCGUCCCAGGUAGACCAGGCCGUGGAGGCCGGUGCUCAGGUCGAGCAAACGAUCAACAUCGAGGCUGUCGGUUUCGAGAUCGAGAAACCACAGCUCAGCGUACAAUUCUCAUACUGCGGAGUUCCACAGAAAUUCCAGAUCCAACUGCCCGUGUUCCUACACAAAUUCCUCGAAGGUACAAUGAUGAACGCCGAAGCCUUCUUCAUGCGUUGGAAGAAUCUUACGCAACCCUCUCAAGAAGAGCAACGUAUUUUCAAAUCGACACAGGCGAUGACCGAAGAGUCCUUGAAACUUUCGGGUUUCGGUUUCGGGGUCCUGCAGGGAGUCGAUCCAAAUCCUGACAACUUGGUGGGAGCAGGCAUCCUGCAUACAAAGCAAGGUCAGGUUGGCUUGCUUCUCCGACUGGAGCCCAAUCGCAACGCCGGGAUGUACCGUCUCACAGUGAGAGCGAGCAGAGAUGGAGUGGCGAAAAUGAUCGUCGACGCUCUUGAGCCGCAUUUCUAAAAGAUGAUGUCACGAUCAAAAUGAGGCGCCAGAACCCUCGGAUCCUCCCCGACUCGGGGUCGAAAACAGAAGGGGAUCUGUCGCGAAGUCGCCGCGCUCACCUCAUAGCGAUGAUCGAUUCACCGCGUCGAUCCGGAAGGAGGGAAUUCCAUGAUCCCCGUUUUGGGGGAGAAUUCCGAGAGGGGAACACUGCCUGAGUUCUU